CUCUCGGAGGCAAGCAAUCAAGCAUUGCCAGGUCGGUUGCAGGCAUCGAAGGGGCAGGGCUCGGGGCUUCCUGAAGAAAGGCCGCGCCCCCUUUCCAGCAACAGACGGCCGCGAAAGAAAGAUAUACCCGACAUAAGCAAGAAGGAGCUCGCGGAGAGAAGGCAUCCCGGUGCGACAGCAGAUUCACCGAGUGGUGCGAUAUCCACAGCUCUGUUCCGGCCGUCAACAGGAACCCCAGGCAUGUCUUCGUCUAGUGGUGAAAACCUCGAAGGAGACGCGGUCAAGCACACCACUCCAAGCCAAGACGGCGCCUCCCCUUCAGCAGCCGACGUCACUCCGGCAGCAGGCCACCUCGAUGGCCAGCCGCCAGCCAGCGCCUCCGCUCCAGCAGGAACAACCGGCGCUUCCCCUUCAGCAGCCGAAGUCACUCCCGCUACAGGUCACCUCGAUGAGCAGCCGCCAGCCAGCGCCUCCGCUCCAGCAGGAACAACCGGUGCCUCCCCUUCAGCAGCCGAGGUCACUCCGGCUGCAGGCCACCUCGAUGACCAGCCACCAGCCAGUGCCUCCGCUCCAGCAGGAACAACUGGCGCUUCCCCUUCAGCAGCCGAAGUCACUCCGGCUGCAAGUCUCCGCGAUGACCAGCCACCAGCCAGCCCCUCCGCUUCAGCAGCUGACCCUAAAGGAACAACCGACACAAAGAAGCUCGACGAACGAAUGCCGGGCUCACAGCCUUCGAAGAGCGAAGCGACUCAGCCUUCUCUACACUCUCUUGAGCUCACGGCCGGUCUCAGCUCGUCUCUACCGUAUCAGCAGUCAGGACCUCUUUCGCCUCCUCGGGGCACGUCAAAAUCGCGCGUGGACGUCAUUAGCGAGGCAACCCAGACGGAAGACUCUAGCAUCGGUGGUUACAGGUCACUCAUCCUCCAGUACUCGCCGAGCAGGGGCAGCCAGGAGGGCUCGUCGUCCCGGCUAACUUCACCCGGCGGCAGCCAGGGGCCCCUGAGUUCCAAGUCGAUGGCCUCGCCUCCACUGCGCCACCGUUUUCCGGGAGUGAUAGAAAGCCGCACGCCAUCUGUCACGUCUGGAGCCAGGACGUGGCCGUCCACGCUGUCACCAGGGGGCGCGGAUCCAGUCCAGCCAAAGCAGGUGCACUCUGAGGGACUCUUGACGCAUAUGGCGGAGAGAGAGAUCGUCGCUGCCGAAAGGACCCGGUCCAUGGCUAUGCAAGUGAGCAGUGAGCGCCACUCUCUGGCUUCGCCGAGCCCGAGGGCUGUCGUGCCUUGGACGGGGUCACCAUGGAAACUCGUAGGGCGAAGCGUAGACGACAUCAUCAAGAACUUGUCGAGCCCCCAGUCGCCGACUUCCGAUGCCGGCCGCCAAGAAGCUGACGACAAUUUGGCCGCCGCUCUGUCUGCUGAGGCGGCCGAGUUUGAGGACGCGUUCGCCAUUCCUCAGUUUCCGUGGGUCACGCUGGCGGUGAUGUGGCUCGUCGCCCAGUCCCACUGGAAAUUCCUUCACAAGCACUACCCCGAGCGCUGCGCCAGUGCCGCCGCCAUAGUUCACGAAGGCCACUGGUGGCGGAUUGUGUUCGCCGCGUUCCAUCACGUGGACUUUACGCACUUGGCGGCGAACCUGCUAGCUUUCUUCGUCAAGGGUGUCGUACUGGAAGCGGCGCUCGGCAUUUACUACUUUGCCGUCGUGUUCGCCGUCGCCGUCUUCGCGGUCGGCCUGGUCAACACUGCGGCCAUCGAAAUCGCGUACGCGAUAGCCCGACAGUCCUCCUUGCAUUCGAUGUGCUCGCACACCUUCGCGGGAGUCAUUGCGGCGCUGGGAGUCAUCAACUACAAAUGCUUUUCGGCGUCUACGAUUCACUACAAGAAAUACGAGCUCGCAGCGUGUUCGGACAUGCCCGUGCUGCCGUUGUACGAUCUGGCCGUGAUGUACUGGUCGUCCAACGGGGAGCUUCUACCGAUCGUCAGCGGCCUCCUCGUUGGCCUUAUCAUGGUGGCCGUCAUCCGCAUACCGUAUCCACGGCGUCACCUGUACCUAAUCGCCGUGCCUAUGACACCUGUUACCUACGCGUUCAUGUCUGCGGUCGUGGCUGCCUACCUCUACGGACCGUACACCGAGCCUUCCGCCUUGGGCGAAGCGCCAUUGACGUUUAAAGUUCCAGUUUGGCGGCCUUUCAUGCUUCCGCCGUUGUACGUUGGCAACAUCUACCAGCUGGCUUAUGUGCUGCUGACGGUGUUUACGGUCGGCCGGAGGCUCGAACGGGACUUGGGCAGGUGCAGGUUAGCAGUUUUAGCGCCCCUGCUGCUGUUCGCGGUGAGUGUGCUUCGCGACGGCCUGAGGUUCAUCGUCUGGAAGUACCAGCUGGCCUUCUGGAGCACCGCGCCGCCCCCGGCACCGCAUUCGGGCGAGUGUUGCUGCGGUCUUGUCGGCACGCUGCUGGCACUGAAGGCCAUCCACCACAGCCUUCAGCCGGACGCUGCUUACCGGCUAGGAACCCUUUGCAUCCGAGUGAGGUUCUGGCCCGGUCUGCUGCUGGAACUGACACACUUCCUGUUGCUCGCGCGAGAAGGCUCCACGUUUGGGCACGUGACCGGGGCCUCAUUGGGACUCGUGGUUUCUCGUUUGUUGCGAGACCGCGGCUGGUUCGAUCCUCAUUCAUCCACGACUGGCAGCUCCUCGGCACUCGGAAGCUCUAGGGAAUACGAAAAAUCUCCGGCUCCUGGCCUUGCCUGAUCAGGGCUCUAUAAGGAUGCGUGGGCUGUGCAGAGAAUACAGUGAACCAGAAAGGAAGGUGAAUCUUCUCGCCAGAG